UCGAAAUAAAGCAAAAAAUAACAAAAUGAAGUUCAUGUAUAAAGAGGAACAUGUUUUCGAGAAGCGUCGUGCCGAAGGAGACAAAAUUCGCAGAAAAUAUCCCGACCGUGUACCUGUAAUUGUAGAAAAGGCACCCAAAGCAAGAAUUGGUGACUUGGACAAGAAAAAGUAUUUAGUACCCUCAGAUUUGACUGUUGGACAAUUCUAUUUUUUGAUCCGCAAACGUAUCCAAUUGCGGCCUGAAGAUGCCCUCUUCUUCUUUGUUAACAAUGUAAUUCCACCAACAUCUGCCACAAUGGGUUCCUUGUAUCAGGAACAUCAUGAAGAAGAUUAUUUCCUUUACAUUGCCUAUUCCGAUGAAAAUGUUUAUGGUGGCAGACGCUAAACGCAGCAUUUUAGCUUUUGCUCUAGAGUGUGAUUGAAAACUAAA